AUGACUGCGCUUGAAAAUUCUGCUGUCGCAAUUGCAGACAAACUGCGUGUGGUUGAUGAUUAUCAAACACAUCACCGUCUUCGCGAAGCCACUGGACGAAAGCGUGCCGAACAGUUGAAUGAACGCGUUCUGUUGUGGAGUUUAGGACAGACAGCUCUUAUAGUCCUUAUUGGAAUUGCUCAGGUGAUUUUGCUGCGAUCGUUCUUUUCGGACAAGCGAACGAGGUAUUAG